CUCAUCUGUUGGGAAGUCGGGAAGGUAAACUAAGAAGCGGAGCCAAGUAUCAACCGAGAUACUUUUCUAUUUAGCCCCCUUGCAAGUCAACUGUCCAUAUGAGACAGGGACCGCAACUUGUUGAAAGUCGUUCAUUGUACUAUUGUUUAUCUUCUCCGUAGCUAAUGGUAACUCGGUUAUAUUUUAGGGACACCAUUUGGUCUCGCUGCACCACAGAAAUAUAAUUGGGUUGCUGCUGGCAGGCUUUCUUUCACAAUUAGCGUAACGUUUUCCUCGGCUACUGUUAGCCCGCUAGCUGCCGAGAAGAGAGGAGGACAAGAAAAUGGAGUUGGACGAUGGAGUUCUUUACCAGGACGACUCUGGCAGUUCGGCGAUGAUGUCUGAACGGGUUUCGGGUCUGGCGAGCUCAAUUUACCGAGAGUUUGAACGGUUGAUCUGUCAGUACGACGAGGACGUUGUGAAAGAACUAAUGCCGCUCGUCGUCGCAGUGUUGGAGAACUUGGACGCGGUAUUCGCGGACAACCAGGAGCACGAAGUUGAGUUGGAGCUUCUGAAAGAAGACAACGAACAACUUGUUACCCAGUAUGAACGUGAGAAAUCGCUCAGAAAAUCUACAGAAGAGCGGUACAUGGUGUUUGAGGACAGUCAGGACAUGGAGAAGAAGGACCUUCAGGGUCGACUGGUGAUGCUGGAGUCUCACACACGUCAAAUGGAGCUCAAGACCAGGAACUACUCGGACCAGAUCGGUAGAAUGGAGGAACGAGAAGCAGAGCUGAAGAAGGAGUACAAUGCCCUCCACCAGAGGCACACAGAGAUGAUCCACAGUUACAUGGAGCACUUGGAACGUACCAAACACCAGCAGGAGACACCCUCGGACACAAGCAGAGCAAGGAAGGAACGUCCCAUCUCCAUGGGGUUAUUCCAGUUACCAGGAAGUGAUUUGACCCCUGACCCACAGAGGGAAACCGUGGAAACGCCAUCUGAACCCUGGAGAUAUAACGACCUGAGCCACCCUCACUCCAACAUCAGCCUUAAGUUGGGGGCGCCAGACUCCCCAAGCAGAUGGCAGAGGCGUUCGGCCAAUCAGCAGGCUAAACAGAACCAGGAUGAGAUGUCAAAUGCUAACCGUGGAGGCUCCAAGUCCAACCCACCUAUGUCUCCUAAAGGGGGCUCCAAGUUGGGGAACCCCAUGUCCAGCCAAGGAGCAGGCUCCAAAAUGUCCUCGCAGCAAGGUAGCUCUAAAUCGGCCACCCUGAUGUCUUCUCAAGAAGAGUCCAAAUUCAGUACCCCUAUUUCAUCUCAAGGGGUGGACUCAAAGUCUGUUACCCCAAUGUCCACGCAAAGCGGCGGCUCCAAAUCUGACUCCCCAAUGUCCAGUCAAGGGGGCGGGUCUAUGUCGGCCACUCCCAUGUCUACUUCUGCGUCUGAUGUUGCCAUGGCAUCUGUGGGCACACCCCACCAGGAAGAGUUAGAGGAACUGAGCGAGGGUCUAAACAGGAACCUGGACAGAAGCGACAGGAAGCCCGAGAACAUCAGCAGUAAGAACACCACAGUACAGGAGGCACAGGACUCCGAGCUGAGAGGAGCAGGAGUCAGAGGAGGGUCAGGACCUCUCACAGACGCAGCAGAUGAUAACACUGAGUCAUCAGAGGUGCAGUCCAUCAUAGAGUCCACUCCUGAACUGGACAUGGACCUCAGUGGCUACAAAGAUGCCAGUACUCCUUCUAAAGGAGUAGGUAUAGAAAACAUGGCGUUCGACAGGAACACAGAGUCUUUGUUUGCGGAGCUGUCCUCGGCAGGACCCGACAUGGAAGUAGACAUAGCAGACAUGGACGAGGGGGCCGACCUGCUCGGUAUGGGUCGUGAAGUGGAGCACCUCAUCCAUGAGAACACUCAGCUGCUGGAGACCAAAAAUGCGUUGAAUGUGGUGAAGAAUGACCUGAUAGCGCGUGUAGAUGAGCUGUCGUGUGAGAAGGAGGUGUUGCAGGGAGAGCUGGAGGCUGUGACUCAGGCCAAGACUAGACUGGAGGAGAAGAACAAGGAGCUAGAGGAGGAACUCAGGAGGGUUCGGGUGGCAGAGGAAGACAAAGUGAAGACCAAGAGUGAGGAAGAUGCGGAUGUUCCCACGGCUCAGAGGAAGAGGUUCACCAGGGUAGAGAUGGCCAGAGUCCUCAUGGAGAGGAACCAGUACAAGGAGAGACUGAUGGAGCUACAGGAAGCUGUACGAUGGACAGAGAUGAUACGAGCAUCUAGAGAGAACCCUGCCGCCGCAGACAAGAAGAAAUCAAGCAUCUGGCAGUUUUUCAGCCGGUUGUUCAGUUCAAGUGGUGGAGCAGCUAAGAAGCCGGCGGAGGCGGCUCCAGUCAAUGUAAAGUACAACGCCCCCUCGUCCCAGGUCCAGCCCUCCGUGAAGAAGAGGAGCGCAGCGCUGCAACAGCUACCCAGUGACAAGAGCAAGGCCUUCGACUUCCUCAAUGAGGAGUCUGAGGCAGGCAACAUGGUGUCUCGUAGGGAGCAGAAGAGAGCCCAGUACAGACAGGUGAAAGCCCAUGUUGAGAAGGAAGAGGACGGCCGGGUACAAGCCUAUGGGUGGAGCCUGCCACAGAAAUUCAAGGUGGCCAACGGUGGUCAGACGUCCGAGAACAAGAUGAAGAAUCUACCUGUACCGGUCUACCUCCGACCACUGGAUGAGAAAGAUGCUACCAUGAAGCUGUGGUGUGCUGUAGGUGUGAACCUGUCAGGGGGUAAGACUCGUGACGGGGGGUCAAUAGUAGGAGCCAGUGUGUUCUACAGUGACCUGACCAGCUCUGGUCCUGAGAGCCGUUGCAGGAAGACAGGAUCACAGAGCAGUCUGGACAAACUGGACCAGGACCUGAAGGAGCAGGAGAAGGAGCUGCAUCACCAGGAGGAGCUGUCCUCUCUGGUCUGGAUCUGUACCAGUACUCAGGCCACCACGAAGGUCAUCGUCAUCGACGCCAACCAGCCUGGGAACGCCCUGGAGAACUUCUUAGUCUGUAACUCCCACGUCCUCUGCAUGGCCAGCGUGCCAGGUGCCAGAGAGACUGACUACCCGGCAGGGGAGGAGUUACCCCAUAACCCGGAGGCGGGGUCAGGUGCUGAGGGCGGGACUCUCGAAGCCAGCAUAACCAGUAGUGGCUCAGGGGGCGAAGCUGGAGUGCUGGCAGGGAUCAAUGUGGUUGGCUGCUCUACUGAGGGGGCGGUGGCUACCCCCCAGACAGCAAGCCCAGAGAAUGAGACCGACACAGACUUCAAGGCUGCAGAGGAGGCUACUGAAGCUACAGAGGCCAGUGCAGGUCCCGCAGGUCCGGAGCAUGACUUAAGUCAGAGGGGAGUCUACACUGAACAUGUCUUCACUGACCCUCUGGGUGUUCAGAGUACUAUCCCUGGGAAGUCGCCAGCCAACUACACACAGAGGGAGUCUGAUCUGGUAAAGGAUGGUGUGAGCUCCAACCCUAACCCAGAGGAACAGGACCUGAUGAGAGAAGAAGCCCAGAAGAUGAGCAGUGUUUUACCCACCAUGUGGCUGGGGGCACAGAACGGAUGUGUGUACGUGCACUCGUCAGUGGCCCAGUGGAGGAAGUGUCUCCACUCUAUAAAGCUGAAGGACUCUGUCCUGGGCAUCGUCCAUGUGAAGGGGAGAGUGUUGGUGUCUCUGGCUGAUGGAACACUGGCCAUCUUCCACAGAGGAGUGGAUGGUCAGUGGGAUCUGACCAACUAUCACCUGUUAGACCUGGGCAGACCCCACCACUCUAUCCGCUGUAUGACCGUGGUUCACGACAAGGUCUGGUGUGGCUUCAGGAACAAGAUCUACGUUGUCCAGCCCAAAGCGAUGAAGAUAGAGAAGUCAUUUGAUGCCCACCCCCGUAAGGAGAGCCAGGUGAGACAGCUGGCGUGGGAUGGAGAUGGUAUCUGGGUGUCGAUCCGACUGGACUCUACUCUGCGACUGUUCCACGCCCACACACACCAACACUUGCAGGAUGUCGACAUAGAACCCUACGUCAGCAAGAUGCUCGGUACGGGGAAGCUGGGCUUCUCGUUUGUCAGGAUCACAGCUCUCAUGGUGUCCUGUAACCGUCUCUGGGUCGGCACUGGCAAUGGAGUCAUCAUCUCUAUACCUCUCACUGACACCAAUAAGGUGACGGAGGGGCCAGGUAAACCUGGUGGAACAAUCCGUGUGUAUGGUGAUGAGAACAGUGACAAGGUGACAGCUGGAACCUCUGUACCCUUCUGCUCCAUGGCUCACGCUCAGCUCUGUUUCCAUGGUCACCGAGAUGCUGUGAAGUUCUUCACGGCUGUCCCAGGUCAGGUGAUCCCGUCAGGUGCUGGCGGAGCAGCAGAAGUGGGGAGUGACAAGUUGGUAGAGGAGCACCCUCAACAACAGCAGGAAAGGUCUGUUCUAGUGUUGAGUGGUGGAGAGGGAUACAUUGACUUCAGGAUGGGUGACGAGGCUGGGGAAACUGAGGAGCCACUGGAUGAGCACACUCUGAAGCUGCAGCCUUUCCUGGCUAAAGCUGAGAGGAGUCACCUGAUCAUCUGGCAGGUCAUGGGCAGUCAGGCCUGAAUUUUUAACCCUUGAUCUCUAACCCUGCCACAGAGAUGAAGAAUGGGAGGAGCCUGCUCGAAGCAGGAACAAAGCUGGCCAAUCAGAUUCACUCCUCUGCAUGUUUCUUUUUGUUUUACGGUUAUUUUUUAUUUAAUUUUUAAUUUUACUGAUUGUAUUGAAUUUUAAAUUUGAUACAAUCCUGUUGCUCUUCUAUUAUUAUUAUUAUUAUUUUUAUUAUUAUUGAAAACUAAAUCAUUUCUGUUUAUUUAAUUUUCUUAGGUCAUGUUUUACACUUGGUUUUAUAUUGUAUGCCUAGUGUCCAACCAACCCCUUUGUCCAAAUACUGCGUGGUGAUUGGUGGGAAUCAAUGUAGGUUCAAGUUCAGUCUUUGGCCACACCCCUGUCCUCAUCUUUGCUUCCUUUCAGUAAAGGACCGAUGGAACAGAGGAGACAAUACUUUAUGAAACUGUACGAGACACCUGUACACAAGAGAAUAAUAAUGUCGGUGUUUGAACUGCAAAACCAAAUCAACUGCAUGAUGUCCAAUAAGAAAGCAAGUAUUACAGGACAAUCCAGCGAUGGAGCCAAUCGUGUGUGUCCUAAAUGAUACAGGUGUGCUCUUCUUGCAUGAUCAUUUUUAUUUUAUUUCGUGAGAACAUGGAUGUUGAUUUUACACAAUACAGUUUAAUCAAUUGUCAGUUUUAUGGACAGGAUCAGUGUUGUUCUCCAUGAUUAUGGUCUAUGGAAAACCUGAUAGAUCGCAGAUCAAUCAUGUCUGCAGCUGCAGUGUCAGAGAAUCACCCUAUUCCAAUACCUAAAAAUGCAUCCUCCCUUCCUAGGGGUAAUUACAACUGGGUUGGAUUGAUGAUUGAGACAGAUUAGUAGUUCAUUACCUCACGGAAGGUAGGUAGGAAGGCAGGGUUGCACUUUAAGUGUGUUGGAACAGGGUCUCUGAAUUUAGUUUCUGGGCCGCUGCUCUCCCAUCCUGCUCUCCCAUCUUCCUUCCCAUCAGCUAGAGCUUGCAGACAUUUUACAAAAAUCAACUGUUGCCUUAGGUUUGAAAGUUUUUUUUAAAAGCAGAAAAAGGAAAUGUUUAACUGCAUUAUGGACUUUUGAAGUGUGACAGAGUAUGUAUCCCUAUGUGAAAGAAUGAUACCAAAGGAAAAAUAAUUUCAGUUGAUCAGAAUAAAGUAAAUGUACAGUGUUGUAGCAGUAUUUUCAACCCGUCUCUCUGUAGAUACAAUAACAUUUUGACAGACCGUCCUUUGUUAUAAGGUUCAUGGUGUAUGGAUAGAUAUAUUUUUAAGCCAUCUCUGCAAAUGCAGAGAUGUGAUUGUGUAUAAUAGCUGGUUUCUCUGCACCUGGAAUCUUUUGUAUGCUGAGAGUAGAUGUUACCCAUAGGCACAGAUCUAGGAUCAAUUUACACUCCGCAAAUCCCAACGUGAACAAUUAGGGGAGGAACAACUCAACACUGACAUUAGAUAAGCGUCUCGGGCAACGUCUUCCUUUUACCUUUUGUACACUAGGGGACAGAGUGACUGAUCUCUGACCAAACAGGAUCCCUCCUGAUAGGUUGAUAUGAUACUGAAGCGUUCAGAGACUAUUUGAAGCCUAUUUUUAUUAUUGACUUUUUGUAUGUUUGUCUUUUCGACCCUAAUCUGUGGUUGCGUCUAGAUGCGGAGUAAAGUGUCAUUUGACACACACUGCCGGAGUCUGGUCUGUGUACCAGCAGAUUGUGCUGGUGAGUGUUACUACGGUGUCUGUCAUGAGGAGUGAACGAGGGCGUGUGUUUUGCCUUUGCUGAUCUGUGUGUGUGUGUGUGUGUGUGUGUGUGUGUGUGUGUGUGUGUGUGUGUGUGUGUGUGUGUGUGUGUGUGUGUGUGUGUGCUCUCCAGGAGAAGAGACACUUCAUAUCGCAGUUUAGCCAUUUCAGUAUUUAUUUCUAUGAAAGAGUCUUUGCAGUACAGAAUGUAACUUUGUACCAUAUGAAAUAUGACUAUGAAUAUAAAUUGUAUAUGAAACAUUGAAAUGGCUUGGGUUUAUUGUUUUGACAAUGAUUGUAAUUGGAAUGGUUGGAUUAGAGAGAGAGACUACUGCGCUAUACAUUACCCUGCUUGUACAAAACAUUAAAAACACCUUCCUAAUAUUGGGUAGCACCCCCUUUUGCCCUCAGAAUAACCUCAAUUUGUCUGGGCAUGGAUUGUUCAAGGUAUCAAACGUUCCACAGGGAUACAUGUUGACUCCAAUGCAUCCCAACGUUGUCAAGUUUGCUGGAUGUUCUUUGGGUGGUGGUGGACCAAUCGUGAUACACACAGGAAACUGCUGAGCAUGAUAAACCAUUCUUACCCAUUUACCCUCUGAAUGCCACACAUACACAAGCCAUGUCUCAAUUGUCUUGAGGAUUAAAAAUUGUAUUUUAA